AUGGUUUCGUCCUCUGUUGACGUAUUAGAAGAGAUUUGGUUGCGUUUACCGGUGAGAUCUCUACUUGUAUUCAAAUGUGUAUCAAAACAAUGGUGCGCACUCAUAUCUGAUCCCUGCUUUUGUCGACGUUAUUCCGUUCGAAACCGCAAACAGUCGAUUGCUGGACUUUUUGUGCAAGACGCGCCUUAUCGCUCUCAGGUUGGUCAAACUUUUUUAUUUAUUGAUGGAAGCAAAAGAAAUAAUGCCAUUAGUAAUACUUUUGUUCCCUACGAGAAAUCUCUACCUUGCAUUAGAGAUUCUGAGUAUCAGACUAUUCAAUCUUGCAAUGGGCUUCUAUGUUGUAGGACUUCCUUCAACAACUCAACUUCCCGCAUCUCUAAUCCAUCUACAAACAGUUUAUUCUUUUUGAUAGGAAAUUCAUCUACAAACAGUUACACCCCCCGCCCAUCCACUUUCUACAUUUAUAAUCCAUCCACAAACCAUUACAAGAUAUUACUUCCGCCACCAUCUAGAAAGGAAGGUUUCAUGUGGGUUUCUAGUGUAAGUUUAGCUUUUGAUCCUCAGAAAUCACCUUAUUACGAAGCUAUUGCCAUCUGGGGGGAUACACCGGACGGCGCUCAAGCGGAAAUAUACUCUUCUAAAACAGAGUCCUGGAAGGAUUUGGGGAUAAUAGGUGCCCGUCAUUCUCAUUGUUUUAGAGAUUGUGGUGUCUAUUGGAAUGGUGCUUUGCAUUGGUUCAACAUAUUUCGUGGGCUAUAUUUUGAUAUCAGUCGAAAAUUAUUAAAGAGACUUCCAAUACCAGAUAUAUAUGGAGAGAGCAUACAAACUUACAAAGGUACGAAUAUUGAAACCUGGAAUGUUUAUUUUGGAGAGUGCAAUGGGCAUUUGCAUCUUAUUAAAAUUUAUGGACUUGAGAAUAUUCCUACUGAUCUCUAUAUCUUGGAACUGGAAAGAGAUUACUCGGCAUGGACA